GCCAUUAGCAGCUACAAACCGGACCGAACGGGACCGAGCAGUGAGCAGGCUGGGACCGAGCAUCUGUACCGGAGCUCCGUGAGCGGAGGGUUCCGUCUCUCCUUUCCCGGACACAGACGGAUAAAGACGCUGCUGCUGUCACAGAGCUCACAGACGGAGCAGAGCCGACAUUUUGUGUUAGUUUCGUUUUUGGCUCCAACAAACAACAGGCCGCGGAGCAGAGCAGGCCUCGGGGGUGAAAGGAUCUGAAUCACCUGUAUAACUGAACAAAAAAGAAAGGAAACCCCUCAGAAUCCAGCUUCGAUGUUGUCCAGCUGUUCUUCAUGUUAAAACCUCCAUCCUCCCAAAUCUCAGUGAUAUGGUUUCUUAGGACCGAGGAACCUUUGAGCCUGGAGGAUCAAAUGACUUUAAAAAGGAACCCUCUGAGCUCUGCAGCAUUCCUGAUCAUCCUGAUCAAAGUCUUCAUCACUCUCAGCCUCACAUGUCAUCCAGGAGAGUAUCUGAUAGGCAGUGAGUGCUGUCCCAGGUGUUCUGCAGGGAGUCGAGUAAAAACUCACUGUAAUGAGUACAGAAGAACUUCCUGUCUGCUCUGUGUGGAUGGAACCUACACUGAUGAACCCACUGGACUGGAACAGUGCACUUUAUGUUCAGUCUGUGCAGCAGGUUCUGGUCUGAAGGUAAAGAGGUCAUGUACAGGAACAUCAGACACAGUCUGUGAACCCCUGCAGGGAUUCUACUGUAUCUACUCUGUAGGAGACGGCUGUGAGACAGCACAGAGACACAGCAGCUGUGGACCAGGACAGUACAUCAGCAAACAUGGAACAGCCUCCACAGACACCGAGUGCUCCGACUGCAGAGCUGGAACCUUUUCAGAUGGAACAUCUGCAUCCUGUCAGCCACACACACAAUGUGAAGAUCUAAACCUUCAGCUGAUAAAAGCAGGAACACCUGCAGCUGAUGCUCAGUGUGGACCACAUGGAAAUAAUGUGGGAACAGCUGUUGGUGUUACUGUGGGUGUGAUUUUAAUUGUUGCUGCAGUAUUAUUAUUAUUAUGGUGCUUCAUAAAGAAGAGGAAGUCUUCAUCCAGGACUCUGAGUGUUUUUAAUCACAGACACACAAACACUAACAGUUCACAGAAUGGAAACACAGAUGAAGAAGCACCAUGUAAUCAGAAUGGAAGAGCGAAAGAACAUCAUGAAGGUGUCCAUAACGGUCUGCUGCCUGCAUCAGACUCCUCCUAGACUCCAGGAUUGUGGCUCAUUGUGUUUGCAGAGGUCAGAGGUCAAAGAUCGAGCUGAGGUUCCUGCUUCCUCCUCCUGGAUCAUGAUGUCACUGCAGUCACACUAAACCUUGGCGUGUGUUGGUCCUCACGAAGCUCCUGCUGAGAAGAGGCAGGGAGACACUUUUCAGCUGUCUGUCCAUCACUCUCAGGAUCUCAGUAACAGAGCAGCAUGCUGACCUCAGAGGCUGCAGGAUUUUUCUGCUGUUUUUUCUAAGUCAGUUUUAGUGAUACUUUACAAAUAGCUCCUCCGUCCUCAUAAAUUCAAGGACAGUUGAAUCCAGCUUCUUGGAGGACUGUAAACUAACCCACCACUCACUGGGUUUAGAUGUUGCAGCCGUCACAGCAGCUGCCUCCACAGCUGACUCAUCUGGAGGGUGAAAGCUGUCGCUGAUUGGCUGAUAGCUGAUGGUGCAGACAGCACCUGUGUUCAGUGCUGGUUCCUCUCCUGGUCUAGUGUGACCUGUGAUGGUCGCUGAUGUGAUGAAGGCUCAGUCGGGAUAAGCACAUGUUUUCAGGCUUUCUUUACAUCGGAGUUCCUGUGACCCCCUUCUGCUCAAAUUAAAUUCAAAUUGAUUCAAGAUGCAGAAUUGAUUUGAUUAUUUAUGGAUCAGAAGCCCAAAUACAGACCAUCAUCAUCAAUAAUCAAAGAAACAACCUUUUCAACAGGAUUAAUCCUGGUGAUUAAUACCUCAGGUUGAUUGUUCUGUAACAGAAACAUCUGCAGCAGUUGACUUUGUUAAAUGUAUAUUUAUAUAUUA